GGCCACGCCCCGGGCCACGUCGCGCUGUUCUCGCCAUCUUUCAACCAGGGAGUGCAGGAAGAAGCGGAAAAUCCCGUCUCUUUCUGUCAGUUUUUGGGACGUGUUUGGUGUUGUUGUUGAGUUACAGCCGUUUCGGUUUGUUUUUCCUUUUCCCCGGACACGGUUUCACUCCGCUCUUCCUCUCACUGCGGACGGAAUCAUGAAUAUUUUCAGACUCACCGGGGAUCUCUCGCACUUAGCUGCUAUCAUCAUCCUGCUGCUGAAAAUAUGGAAGACCAGGUCAUGUGCAGGUAUAUCUGGAAAAAGCCAACUUCUGUUUGCAUUGGUUUUCACAACACGCUACUUGGACCUCCUCACCUCGUUUAUCUCUCUGUACAACACUACGAUGAAGAUCAUCUACGUCGGAUGUUCGUAUGCCACAGUGUACCUGAUGUAUGCCAAGUUCAAAGCCACCUAUGAUGGCAAUCAUGACACUUUCAGGGUGGAGUUCCUGGUCGUCCCUGUAGGUGGCCUCGCUUUUCUCGUCAACCACGACUUCUCUCCUCUGGAGAUCCUGUGGACUUUCUCCAUCUACUUGGAGUCGGUGGCCAUCCUUCCUCAGCUCUUUAUGAUCAGUAAGACCGGGGAAGCUGAGACCAUCACCACGCAUUACCUGUUCUUCCUGGGGCUCUAUCGCGCUCUGUACCUCAUCAACUGGAUCUGGCGCUUCUACUUUGAAGGCUUCUUCGACAUGAUCGCCGUCGUUGCAGGCGUCGUUCAGACAAUCCUUUACUGUGAUUUCUUCUAUCUCUACGUAACAAAAGUGUUGAAAGGGAAGAAGCUGAGUUUGCCAGCUUAAUCGUGUGCUAGAGACAGAGCUUUAGCGGUUGCGUGGAAGCGCAGGACACCGCUGAUGCCACGUCGGUGUAAGAUGCCCGAGGAGUACAACGUGGAUCCGUUCUUUUCUUCAAACCCUGACCAGCUCCGGGACAGUUCUGGAUUCAAACUGUGGUAAUCGCACAACUCCUCCAGUAUCCACGUUUUACACGUCUUUACCAUUUUUUUCAAUUUUUUAAAAUUUUUUUUAAUGUUUCAUUUUUAUUACUUAUUAUGAUAAAAGAAAGGAACCAUUUUCUAUCGGAAAUAUCACUUCAAUUCGGCUUGUGCCAGCAUAAAACGCUGUAAAAUGCAGGAAAUGUGUCGGUGUGUGACGGUCGGCGGGGAUUAUUCUUACGCGGGGUGUUUGUCUGUUUGGAAAAUGUCUGGAGUUUUGAACGAAUGUACCAUGUUUUCUAGAGCGUGAGACGCAAUCGGUGCUCCCUAAAAGCCCGGUUGCGGUGUAUGAGAUUUUACGGUUGGUGUGUCACUCCGGUAGUUACCUGAAGAUACGGGGAACGAUACGAUCACGCCGGUAAGCAAAAAUGUUAUCGUCAUGGUGAUUUAGAAAUCGCAGAAUUGCGUGCAAACUGAGAACGCUUAUCCUCAGCACGGCGAAGAGAUACGGAAGCAGGAGGCGUGCGAGAGCUACGAAAGAACGUAAACGAGGAGUUUCAGCAUUUACGGAAAUGUAACGUUCAACCGUGAUACAUCCGUAAGGGACGUAAUACUGAACCCCAGCAAAAGAAACUAAACAUUGUUAUAGUGAUGACGGUUUCUAACGUGAGGCGUUCUGUGAUACAAACAUGCCUGCUUACGUAAAUGCGCAUUCAAGUGAUGUAGGGUUUUGGACUCGAGCGACUUAUUUUCUGGAAAAUAUGGUACAUUCAUUUAUUGCAACUGCAGAGACGACUCGGCUGGAUGAAUUACUCCGUGUUAUCUCUGUUUUAAUGAAGGCUGAUCUUAGUAUAAAGGUUUACCUCAUGCUCUGGUCAGGGUUUUUUUUAAUUUUU